AUGGCUGUUGAAAAACUACAAGGUGACUACACUGCUCAGUACUUGCUUCUAAGAGAUUAUGCUCAAGAGUUGCUCAGAACAAACCCUGGUUCAACAGUGAAGCUUGAGGUUGAAAGUGAGCCCAAUUCAAAUAGUGAAACAAGGCAAUUUAAAAGGAUCUACAUAUGCUUUGGAGGAGUGAAACAAGGAUUUAAACAAGGUGGUAGGGAGAUUUUGGUUUUGGAUGGCUGCUUUAUGAAGGGACCUUAUCCACGGCAGAUCCUAACAGCUAUUGGUGUGGAUGCCAAUAAUGGAAUCUAUCCUGUAGCAUAUGCAGUAGUUGAAUCAGAAAAUACAAAUUCAUGGCUUUGGUUCCUUGAAUAUUUGGGUGAUGAUCUUGAUAUUCAUGCUAAUUCCAACUUCACCUUUAUUAGUGAUAGACAUAAGGGUCUGAUACCUGCAAUCAAUAGGCUGUUUCCUGUAGUAGAGCAUAGGUAUUGUCUUCGUCAUAUUCAUGAAAACAUGAAGUCCCAAUGGAGAGGGGACCUUUACAAAGACAUGUUAUGGAAGUGUGCAAGUGCUACAACAGUACCCUUCUUCAAUAAGUACAUGGAUGAGAUCAAAGAGAAGGAUGUGGGAUUAUACAACUGGCUGCAGCAAAUCCCACCAAAGCAUUGGACCAAAUCCUAUUUCAGUGGGAGGGCUAAAUGUGAUGUUCUACUUAACAACUUGUGUGAGUGUUUCAAUAAACAACUUGUGAGAGGCAGAGACAAGCCCAUUAUUACUUGUUUGGAAUACAUCCGAGAGUACAUGAUGAGGAGAAUAGGUGUGGUCAGCAGGAUGUUGGACAAAUGUGAUGGUCCUUUGACCCCAGGUGCCACUAUCACCUUGAACCAAAUCAAGCAAGAUGCAUCUCAGUUAAAUGUUGUGUACGCUGGCCAGAACAAGUAUGAAGUCAGUGGUGAGGGUCAUAAUCAGUGUGUACUGGACAUGAACACAAAGUCAUGCACUUGUAGGAAGUGGGAACUUACAGGCAUGCCAUGCAAGCAUGCAGUGGCUGUAAAUUGGGAUAUGGUUAGGUAUGGUAUGGAAGUUGAUAUUCCGAAAGCAUGGGUGGAUGAGGUUUAUUGGUUAGAUAACUGGAAAAAGGUCUACUAG